AUGAGCACUCAAACCAUUAUUCGCAGAAUCACUCCCGAGGAAACGUACCCUCUCCGCCACUCAGUCUUGUGGCCGGACAAGUCACUUGACUACGUCAAACUCCCACAGGACGAUUUCGGGGAUCACUACGGCGUAUUCAUCGACGGCGUAUCCGCACCCGUCGCCGUAAUAUCCGUCUUCUACGAGACCCUCCCGCAGCCCGAGAAUUCGGCACCAAAUGAGGUAUCGCCUGUAGUGCCAGCAUUACGAUUCAGGAAGUUCGCCUGCGAUCCUGCGCAUCAAGGGAAGGGCAUUGGUACGAAGCUUCUUCUGCACGUUUUCAACGACGCGCAGAAGUUCGGCGCCAUAUGGUGCGAUGCUCGACUGAGCAGCGCAGGAUGGUACGAACGGGAGGCCAUAGGCAUGUCACGGUUUGGAGAGAUAUUUCUCAAGGAGGGCAUUGAGUAUGUUCGGAUGAAGAAGACAUUCAUACCAUUGUCUAAUGCUGGAGGGGAUCGUGCCUCUGAUCCUGGUCCUGUGUCAUGA